AUGGGAUGUAUAGAGAAUGGAAAGAGGUUGGAUUUAGCUCAACAAUUGAAGUUGAUUCAACCUUUCUCUAGUAAAGAAAUCAAAGAAGAAUUAUUUAGUAUUCCUAGCUCUAAAAGCCCGGGUCCUAAUGGUUUUAAUUCAGAGUUUUUCAAGGUGAUGUGGAAGGAGAUAGGGUCUGAGGUGAGCAAUGCAGUCAAAGAUUUUUUUCGGACAGAUCUGUUUAAGAACUAUGGUAGAAAACUAAUCUCUCUAAGAUGUGCUAUAAAAAUUGAUCUUAGUAAAGCCUAUGACAUAGUGGAUUGGGGUUUUCUGGAAGACUUGCUUGAAGCCCUAAAUUUUCCCUCUAAAUUUGUUAUGUGGAUAAUGACUUGCUUGAAAGGAACUUCUUAUAUGCUUAUGAUGAAUGGUAGACUCCAAGGCAAUUUCAAGGGGAAGAAGGCACUUAGGCAAGGUGAUCCGAUGUCACCAUUGUUGUUUGUUCUCAUAAUGGAGUAUCUUACUAGAAGAUUGAGGAUGGAGACUACUAAGAAAACUUUUAGAUUCCAUCCCUUAUGCAAGAAUCUGAAUUCGGUUAGUCAUUUCUUUGCGGAUGACCUUAUUCUUUUUAGCAAAGAUACUCUUUCAGCUAUAGUUGAUCCCAAUACAAAAGAAGACAUUCUAAUGGCUCUUCAAUUUGUUAAGGGAACUUUUCCUCUUAGAUAUGUUGGGGUUCCCUUGAGACCUACCAAUUGGAGAAGGGAGGAUUGUGAAGCUAUUCUUAAGAAGAUCAAAAUGAGCAUCAUAAAGGAGAUAGAAAGGCUUUGUCUGGGUUUUCUUUGGGGUGUGAAGGCUGAUAGAAGUAAGAUCCACUUGGCUUCUUAG